GCCAGCAUUUGAUUCUGUGUGCAUGUCUUGGUUUGAUUUUUCAAACCAAGACAUACACACAGAAUCAAAUAAUAAUUAAAGUUUCUUAGUCCCAAAAGGAUACAUAUAUAGUUUCCCUACAAUACAAUGGAGAUUUUCAAUGAUUUACAGGAAGACAUCUCAACAGAGCAUGCCUUUGAGGCAGAGCCGGUGCCAUCGUUGUCAGAGACAAUAACGCCACGGUCGCUGGUGUUUAGCUUCAUCAUUGGCGCAACUCUCAGUGUCGUCGCCAUGAAAGUCACCUUGAGCUCAGGCUUCAUCCUUUCUUUGAGCAUCCCAGCUGGCCUCCUAGGGUUCUAUGUAUCCCGUGCUUGGAUCCGCAUUCUUGACUACUUUGCGGUGUCACACCUACCGUUCACACGCCAAGAGAACACCAUCAUCCAGACAUGUGUCGUCGCCUGUACCUCAGUCACAUUCACUGGUGGGUUUGGGACAUAUAUUCUUGCAAUGAGCAAGAAAGCAGCUGGAGGCGAUGUCAAGGAUGACAACAACAUUGAGGAGCCAAGCAUUGCCAAGAUGAUCACCUUCCUCUUCCUCAUCAGCUUUGCUGGCAUGUUCAUCAUCAUGCCCUUCAGGAAGAUCAUGAUCAUUAGGCACCGGUUGACAUAUCCCAGCGGCACAGCGACGGCACACCUCAUCAAUAGCUUCCACACACCUCAAGGUGUCAAACAAGCAAGGAAUCAAGUGACGUUAUUGUUUAAAUCAUUUGGGGGAACCAUGGCAUGGUCAUUCUUCCAGUGGUUCUUCGCCUCCGGGCCAGGCUGCGGCUUCAAAUUCUUCCCAACAUUUGGACUUGAGGCAUAUAAACACGGGUUCUUCUUCGAUUUCUCCAUGGCUAAUGUCGGCAUCGGCAUGAUGUGCCCGUACAUGAUCGUGUUCUCCAUGCUCAUCGGCUCCAUCAUCUCGUGGUGCAUGAUUUGGCCGUACAUCCAGACCAAAGAGGGCAUCUGGUACCCGAGCAACCUUGGCCCUGACAGCCUCAGCGGCAUCAGGGGCUACAAGGUGCUGAUCGGCUUGUCCAUGAUACUGGCCGACUGCCUCUUCGUCUUCCUCAGCAUCAUGGUCCGGACAGCAUGCGCCAUGGUCAAGCGGCGGCAGCAGGCAUCCCAUGGUGUUGGUGGUGGUGGUGGUGGUUGUAAUAUGCAGCAGCCGUUCCAGUGCCUCGACGCCACUGAUCGGCCGGCGAGGAGCUUCGACGACCGGCGCAGGGCGCAGGUGUUCCUCCGCGACGAGAUCCCGAACUCGGUCGCCAUCGGCUGCUACGUCCUCCUGUCGGUCGUCUCCAUCGUCGCCAUCCCCCUGCUCUACCCGCAGCUGAGGUACCACCAUGUCGCGCUCAUCUACCUCGCCGCGCCCAUCUUCGCCUUCUGCAACGCCUACGGCUGCGGCGUCACCGACAUAAACCUGGGCAGCACCUACUGCAAGAUCGCCAUGCUGGUGUUCGGCUCGUGGAUCGGCGUCAAGGGCGGCGGCGUGAUCGCCGCCCUGGUCGCCGGCGGGAUCAUGGUGUCGAUCCUGGGCACCGCGGCCGACCUCACGCAGGACCUCAAGACGGGGUACCUGACGCUGACGUCGCCGCGGGCGGUGUUCAUCAGCGAGGUGAUCGGCAUGACGCUGGGCUGCAUCAUCAACCCCACCGUGUUCUGGGCGUUCUACAAGAUGAACCCCAGCGCGGCCGGCGGCGACAUGAGCGACACGCCCUACGCCAAGCUGUACCGCGGCUUCGCCAUGCUCAGCGUCGGCGAGGAAGGCCUGCCCGGGCACAGCAUGUUCCUCUGCAAGCUGUUCUUCGCGCUCGCCAUGGCGCUCAGCGCGGUGCGGGAGGUGGCCAACCGGAAGCAGUGGCGCGUCCGGCGCUACAUCCCGAGCACCAUCGGCAUGGCCGUCGCCUUCAUCAUGCCGCCGCGCAUGCCCGUCGGCAUGGCCGUCGGCAGCCUGGUGGCGUACCUGUGGGAGAAGGCCGACGCCGCCCGCGGCCGGAUGCUCUCGCCGGCGAUGGCGUCCGGCUUCAUCUGCGGCGACGGCCUCGGCUCGCUGCUGCUGUCCACGCUGACGCUCGUGCACGCCACCGCCCCCAUCUGCAUCAAGUUCUUGGCUCGAGGUGACAACGACAGGUUGGACGCCUUCCUGGCAACACUGCCGGCGACAUAGCCUUGCUGCCUUGCAGCUCAACAUGCUCCAUUGUUUAGGGAAAUUUGAACACUUCAGGUGUCAAAACUUCUGUACAUACAUGUAUCCUCGUCAUAGGACUUAAUUAGGAUAUCCUGGCAAAACUGUGUUAAUCAAGCUUCAGCUCAGUUUAUAAACACAAUUCUGCUCUAU